UUUUCUUUUUAAUUGUCUAACACACAAACAAUCAAGAAAGAUCCCAACAGUCCUUGGUACAUGCAUCACUUAACUAAGGCUCCUCCUUUCCAGUAAAGGCAUUUAUUAUUAAAAAAAUCAUUUUAUCACCUCAUGUUAGGGGUUUAAAGGCAUCCCCAGCCUUCCUUGAUUCUGAUCAUGUCCCUUUCUCUGCAGGAUUUGAAAGUUUAGCCAGUGAGGACCAGAUUGCACUGCUGAAAGGGUCAACAGUUGAGGCAAUGUUCCUGCUGUCAGCCCAAAUAUACAACCAGAGAAUGAGCCAGUGCCAACCAUCAACAAGUGAGAGUCAUGCAAGACUUUCUGAUCAUGGGACAUGUUGUCACGUUCAAAGCCUUGAUAAAAACAACAUUUAUUCCAUGGAAAUGUCUCACAGUGAAGACAGUCCAACUUCCACUACUACCACAGGCUUAACGGAGGAGUUCAUCACUGCCCUGUUCUACUUCUACAGAAGCAUGGGGGAACUCAAAGUCACCGAGACCGAGUAUGCCCUGCUCGUAGCAACCACCGUGUUCUUUUCAGACCGCCCGCUCCUGAGGGACAAGCGCCACGUGGAGGAGCUGCAGGAGCCGCUGCUGUGGAUCCUGUACAAGCACUCGAAGCUGCAGCACCCGGGGGACCCGCAGCGCUUCGCGCGGCUCCUGGGGCGCCUCACGGAGCUGCGCUCGCUCCGCCACGCCCACGCGGGGGCGCUGCGCGCGCGGGACCCGCGCCUGGCCGCGCCCCUGCGCGACCUCUGGGACCUCCACUAG